UUUCCAGAUUAAACGCGCGUGGGCGUGAGGUGGCUGCGAACGCAGCAGAGUUGGGGCGAGGCAGAAUCGACAGAUGAGAAAGAUUUCGGUUUUCUUCUCUUGAAUCCUUAUAACCUUCUCUUCUUCAUGAUUUUUAUCGGUUUCGAUUCCUAUUAUUGGUGUCGUUGCUGAUCCCCUUGAUCCCUCGCCGGAGGCCGACGAGUAGUAGGCCGUGAUGGGUUGUGCGCCGUCCAAUAACGCAGCCCAUGUUACGCCUACAUUUGAGGGCUCCGGCGUGCUGGAGGACUUGGAUAGCUCCGGGGAGUUCGAAUUUGCGUCGUCGCUGUGGAACCGCCCUCGGCUUGAGAAUGUUGAGUUGGGGGAACGAAGCGAGUCUGCGGAAUCAGAGAAAAUGAGCUCCGGCAAUAGCUCUGUGAGCUUCCGCAUGUGGAACAUGAAUCGACAAGCGGAAGCGGAGCAGAUCGCCGCAGGAUGGCCUGCGUGGCUGAGCAAUGUGGCCGGAGAAGCCAUUCAUGGAUGGGUGCCCCUCAAAGCUGACUCUUUUCAGAAAUUAGAGAAGAUUGGACAAGGUACAUAUAGCAGCGUUUUUAGAGCUCGUGAGGUUGAUACAGGGAGAAUUGUUGCCCUAAAGAAGGUGCGCUUCAACAAUUUUGAACCUGAGAGUGUUAGGUUUAUGGCAAGGGAGAUACAGAUGCUCCGCAAGCUUGAUCAUCCAAAUAUCAUCAAGCUGGAAGGCUUAAUUACUUCCCGAUUGUCAUGCAGUAUGUACCUUGUUUUUGAAUAUAUGGAGCAUGAUCUUGCAGGGUUAUCAUCUUGUCCAGACAUCAAACUCACUGACCCACAGAUCAAAUGUUAUAUGCACCAGUUACUAUCUGGGCUUGAACAUUGUCAUUCACACAGUAUUAUACAUCGUGAUAUCAAAUGUGCAAACCUCUUAGUUAACAAUGAGGGGAUUCUAAAGAUCGCUGAUUUCGGUUUAGCUAACACUUGGAAUCCUGGUACAAACCAGUCACUAACUACUCGAGUUAUGACACUAUGGUAUCGUGCACCCGAGCUACUCCUAGGAUCAACAAACUAUGAGCCAUCUGUAGAUUUGUGGAGCAUCGGAUGUGUACUUGCAGAACUUUUUCUUGGCAAGCCUCUUUUACAAGGAAGAACUGAGGUUGAGCAACUACAUAAAAUAUUUAAGCUUUGUGGUUCUCCACCAGAUGAAUUUUGGAGGAAUUCUGACCUGCCGCAUGCAACAGUUUUCAAGCCGCAACAACUUUAUGUAAAUUGCAUUAAAGAGACGUUUGAGUGUUUACCAGUUGUUGCAUUAAGGUUGUUGGAAACAUUUUUAUCUAUUGUGCCCAAUAAACGUGGCUCAGCUUCCUCUGCCCUUAGUUCUGAGUAUUUCAGGACUCAACCGUAUGCAUGUGAACCAUCCAGCUUACCAAAAUAUGAGCCCAACAAAGAAAUUGAUACAAAGUUCCGUGAACAGUCAUGUAGGGGGAGUAUCAGUAGCAGAUUACAUCUAGAGAGGAAAAAAAAAUCUUCAGCACAACAAAGUUCUUCACGUGGAUCAAAUAGUCUCUUUAAAACAGCAAAGCGUAAGGAGCGUUCAACAAAUGCUCAAGGAAUGAAUAGAGGUAGCACCAAGCAAGAGAUUCCUGUUGUAAAUGGUGGCACACAAUUACUGGUUGAUUCACAGCUGAUGUCAAAUAAUACAUCCCAAGAUGAGGUCUGGAAAAUCAAGCAAACCUCUACAAAGCUUCCCUUCUCAGGUCCUAUCCAUGGAUCUAACAGUUUUGCAUGGACAAAGAAGACAAAAGGUCAAACAAACAUGAAAUCUCUUACAAAAUCCAUCUCUAGACAGGACAAAUCUGGAACAUUGGACCCAUCAAAUAUUUCAAAGACAGGUAUUUUCAAGUUGACUAAUGCUGCAAGUGGAGAUCUUGGUUCUGCACUUAAUUCCAAUUUGAAAGAUCAUAAAUCCUAUGAAUCUAUGAAAGAUGAAAUGCUGAAGCAGUGGAUGCAUCCAGAACAUCAAGACCCAGUAUAUACUUUUGGCACUUUUCAUACUCGUAAUUUAUCAGAAACAAUUCUUCAUGGACGAGACACAACACUAUCACAAAAAAUCUUGGGAGGUCAAGAUCAAGGACGAAAAAUUGAGUUGUCCGGACCUCUACUUCAGGCACAAAAGGUUGAUGAAUUCCUAGAAAGGCAUGAACAGCGUAUUCAAAAAGCAAUUCGAAAAUCAUGGUUUCAAAGAGGUCAAAAGCGCGGACAAUAGAAAUCUGUGAACCAAAUCGACGUUCCCUUCUACAACUAAAUGAGCGGCCCAGCACACCAGCAGAAGUACCUCAAAAGGUGUAAAUAGCGCUUGAGUUCAGAGUGUUCAUCAUAGAAAGCAGACGAAGCAAUAUGCUGGUAAUUUGGUCAAUCUGAUGAAUACCGAAGUUUGUAAUGUAAAAGGAUUCAUGUUUUCCUUUUCAGCAACAAAUUUACUAGCAAUUUAAUCUGUAUUUU